AUGACCAGAGGCCUGGGCGGCGAGGAGUGGAUGUAUGGCAACUACUUUAAAAUUAGGUGUGGUUCCUUUGGUAAAAAGGAAUUCCUGGGUUGUGUAGUUGAUGGAGUACUACACAAGGACGGAGAAGUAUUCAAGAAGAACUUUUCAUGCGCGGACAACAUACAAGCAGUCACCCAGCUCAUCGAGAGGGUGUCACGAGUACCACCUUCCCUUGGUUCCUUGUUUUCGUGGAUUACAAGAAAGGCAUUCGACUCAGUCGAAGUCAACGCUGUUUUGAAUGCCCUUACGCGAGCCGGAGUUCUCCUCCCUGUAUAUAUCCACAUGCUUGAACAAUGUUUUACGAAUCCAUCAACAAACAUCCAGCUAUUCGACCGCAAGAUGAAAAUCCCAUUUGAAAAAAGGAGUAAGACAAGGAGGACAUCUCCAAAAACUGUUUACGGCUGCGCUGCAGUAUGCUAUGUCUACGUUGACUGGGAAGACAAAGGAUACCUCAUCAAUGGAAAAAGAAUCAAUAAUCUCCGCUUCGCUGAUGAUAUAUUUUUAGUUUCCACUAACACUGCUGAAAGAGAUGAUCAACGAACUCAAGGUGAGGGUCUGAAGAUUGGAUUGGAAAUGAAUAUGUCCAAAACGCAAAUGAUGGUGAACCAGAGGAGUGAUGUGGAAGAAAGAAAUUGGCAGGAAGAGCUCUGCAAAGUGUAA